UAUUACUACACCUGAAAAAGUUGGACCACCAUUUCCAAUUUCCCUCCUUUCUUCUCCCCUCUCAAACACUAGUUUCUACUUGCUAAAACAGAAGUGAAUUAAGAGCGGAAGUAAAUCUGAUUAAAUGGUAUUUCUCUUUUUGGACUUCAAAAAUUUGUAUAUAAAGGGCUAUUAUAAUAUUCCUAACCAAAAACCAUUCUUAACACCAUCCUCUUCCCAUCUCAGUACCCAAAUUUCUUAAGUCUCUUUCUCUCGCUCUCUCUCCGCCAUGGCAGACAACACCCCAAUUGCACCAUCUGAUUCUUCAAUUCCCAACGAGUUCCUCAAAAUUACACUAAACCCAGAUGGCUCCUUCAAUCGGUACAACCAUACUCCAAACGUGCAACCCUCCGAUUCCGACUCAACCCUACUCACCCUCUCAAAAGACAUCCCUCUAAACCAUGCCAACAACACCUUCAUUCGCUUAUUCAUGCCUAAAAACAUCCCUCCAAACACUAAGCUCCCUCUUAUAAUCUUCUUCCAUGGCGGCGGCUUUGUCCUUUUCAGCGUUGCCUCGUUACCUUACCACGAAUCCUGCAUUCAAAUGGCCGCUCAGAUCUCAGCUCUCAUCCUGUCCGUUGAAUAUCGACUGGCCCCCGAACACCGCCUCCCUGCGGCGUACGAUGACGCCGUUGACUCCGUCAUGUGGGUCCGCAACCAGGCGAUGGACAUCGACGGCUGUGAUUCGUGGUUGAGGGAUCACGCGGACUUCUCCAAGUGUUUCUUGAUGGGGAGCAGUGCGGGCGGGAACAUGGUGUACCAUGCAGCCUUACGUGCGGUCGACGUGGACCUGUCUCCUCUGCAAAUCGCAGGGCUGAUAUUGAAUCAGCCUUACUUCGGUGGGGUCGAGAGGACGGAGUCAGAGAUGAGGUUCGUCAACGAUCGGAUUCUCCCGUUGCCCGCUAAUGAUCUGCUGUGGUCGCUUGCGCUGCCUGACGGAGCUGACCGUGAUCACGAGUAUUCCAAUCCAAUGGCGUGCGAGGGUGGAUCGUGUGGGGAGAAGAUCGGACGGCUACAGAGAUGCUUGGUGACGGGGUAUGGAGGGGACCCACUGCUGGAUAGGCAGAAGGAGGCGGUGAAGAUGCUGGAGUCACGUGGGGUGCACGUGGAGACACGCUUUGAUCAUGAUGGUUUUCACGCGGUGGAACUGUUUGACCCGGUUAGGGCCCGAGGUCUUUACGAGCGAUUCAAGGAGUUCAUUAGAGCUGCUUGCGGGAGCUGCAAUGUCAGUGGGGUUAAAGCCCAAUCAGCUAUAUAAAGAUUUUUAGUAUAUUUAUUUUGAAUUUAAUAUAAUUAUGAAUUUAACAGUUAAAAAAGUUUUUAAUUUUUAUAGUUGUGUACGUACCCUCAGCAUUUUGUUUUAUGAUAUCAGUCUUAUUUGGAAUGAAAAUAUGUUUUGUAGUUUUGUUUAAAACAAAUAUAUAAAAACGGCGUCGAAUUGAGAGGUGUGAUGGUAUUAGAUGGGCC